AUGGAUCAUCAAACUGGACGAAACCCAUUCCUCAUGGAUUUCCUCAACAACUGCACUAAGUGGAUCUUCACAUUUAACAACACAUAUAAGAAGUGGGAAAGAGAGAAUCUGACUGUAGAUGACUGGAGCAAAGCUCCUGCAGAACCACCUGAAACUAGAGAAGAGUUCUUAAAACAUCUGUAUGAUCUGUCAAAGUGCAAAUACUCUGCAGUGUGUUCUGAGUGGGAAAGAGAGAAUCUGACUGUAGAUGACUGGAGCAAAGCUCCUGCAGAACCACCUGAAACUAGAGAAGAGUUCUUAAAACAUCUGUAUGAUCUGUCAAAGUGCAAAUACUCUGCAGUGUGUUCUGAGUGGGAAAGAGAGAAUCUGACUGUAGAUGACUGGAGCAAAGCUCCUGCAGAACCACCUGAAACUAGAGAAGAGUUCUUAAAACAUCUGUAUGAUCUGUCAAAGUGCAAAUACUCUGCAGUGUGUUCUGAGUGGGAAAGAGAGAAUCUGACUGUAGAUGACUGGAGCAAAGCUCCUGCAGAACCACCUGAAACUAGAGAAGAGUUCUUAAAACAUCUGUAUGAUCUGUCAAAGUGCAAAUACUCUGCAGUGUGUUCUGAGUGGGAAAGAGACAAUCUGACUGUAGAUGACUGGAGCAAAGCUCCUGCAAAACCGCCUGAAAUUAGAGACCGGUUCUUAAAACAUCUAUAUGAUCUGUCAAAGUGCAAAUAUUUUGCAAAUUGUUCUGAGUUUCACGUACUCCAGAGAAUAGUUGGCUGUAAAGUGGUGAAACUUCCUAAUGGAACAGUGACGAAUCUGAAGGCUUUUGAUGAGUAUGCAUACGAUGGAAUAGAUCUCCUUACCUUUCAUUACAACCACCCGCUUCAGUGGAUGGAUAAAGACAUAGAAACCAAAAUGGAUCAUCAAACUGGACGAAACCCAUUCCUCAUGGAUUUCCUCAACAACUGCACUAAGUGGAUCUCCACAUUUAACAACACAUAUAAGACUCCACCAGAUGUUCAUGUCUUUGCAAGAAAAGCUCCUGAUGAUCACAGUAAGCUGAAUCUGAGCUGUCUGGCCACUGGUUUCUACCCCAGAGAUAUUGAGAUGAACAUCAGAUUGAACAGAAUUAACACUGAAAACCAAACGUCAUCUGAAAUCAGACCAAAUGAUGAUGAAACCUUUCAGAUGAGAACCAGUGUGAAGAUUGACAGAAACCACAAAGGAUCUUAUAGCUGUUUUGUCAUUCACAGCAGUCUGACAGAACCAGUUUCAGUAGAAUGGGAUGGAAAAUGUUCUAACUGUGAUCCAGACCCUCCACGGUCUGCUGCAGCAAGAGUAUUAGUAGCGGCAUUUCUAGUUUUUCUUAUUGUGAUUGGUUGCUGCAUCUACAAAAGGAGAAGAUCAAGUGCUCUCGGACCCUCUCAUAGACAGCAGCGAUACAAGUUGGAUGUUCUGUUGUCAAACGCUGAUAAAGUGCAGCAUCAGAGCAGAAGAAGCACAGAGUGGAAGGAGGUUUGGAAGAGAAGCAGCGGGGUUCAGAGUCAUUUAAAUAUCAAUACUGAUGGAAACCUGAUCACUAAAGAGUUUACGGCAAGUGAUGCAGGAAAAUACAGAGUUCUGGACUUUGAAAGAAACAUCUUGAUCACAGUGACAGUCAAAG